AUGUUCACGUGUUGUGGCAACCGCAGCACUACAACUGAAGCCGUAUCCAGUAAGCAGAAGCAGGAAGGCACGACAAUGCCACCACCACCACCACCGCCGCCGCCACCACCGCCACCGCCACCAAAGGCACAGGCAGAUUCGUCCAACACUGUCGGCGGUGCAGCGUCGGCAGUCUUUGCUGAGAUCCGCGAUGGAGGCGACAACAUCACGUCGCGCCUGCGCCAUGUGACAGACGACCAGAAGGCAUAUAAGCAGAAUAUCCAGCACGGCGCCGUUGACUUCUCCCAACUCGAAGCAAAGAAAGCCGAGGUUGAAGCGAAGCGGAUGCAGCAACAGGGCAAGGCUGCGGUUGCCGCAGCGGUGGAGACCCCAGUGCUGCAGCUUGAGGGUGACAAGCGCUGGGUGGUGAAGCACCAAAAGGGCACGAAUGACAAGCUCAAAAAACUGACCCUUGAUAAGGUGCACAUGCGGCAUGCCGUGCAGAUACACAACUGUGAGUACGCUCUUGUCGAGAUCAAGGGUAAGGUGAACUCUGUCUCGUUGGUGUCGUGUACAAAGGUGCAGGUGGUGAUGGAGAGUGUCGUGUCCUCCCUCGAGGUACUUAAGUCGGAGUCUAUUGACGUGAAGGUGCAGCGUGCCGUGCCGACCGCAUCGGUGGAGAAAAGCAACUCUGUGAACCUGUACCUCAUGGACAAGGAGGAGGCGUACAACACGGAGGUUGUCACGGCGUGCAGCUCCGCUGUCAACGUCAACUUCCCCUCAAAGGAGGACGAGAGCAAUAUCAUCGAGCGUCCACUCCCGGAGCAGUUCGUGUCCAGGAUUGUGCGUGACGCUAAGGGCAAGUACAAGGUCGAGACCAAGCCCAGUGAGGUCGUGUGA